AUGGCGCUGCUGGCUGAGCACCUCCUGAAGCCACUGCCUGCGGACAAGCAGAUCGAGACGGGGCCCUUCCUGGAGGCAGUGUCCCACCUGCCGCCUUUCUUCGAUUGCCUCGGGUCCCCAGUCUUCACUCCCAUCAAGGCAGAUAUAAGUGGCAACAUCACGAAAAUCAAGGCCGUAUAUGACACCAACCCUGCCAAGUUCCGGACCGUGCAGAAUAUCCUGGAGGUGGAGAAGGAGCAGUACGGAGCAGAGUGGCCCAGAGUUGGGGCCACACUGGCGCUGAUGUGGCUGAAGAGGGGUCUCCGCUUCAUCCAGGUCUUCCUGCAGAGCAUCUGUGAUGGGGAGCGAGAUGAGAACCACCCCAACCUCAUCCGCGUCUUUUCAUCCAUAAAUUCAAGUGAACUGAACGGAGCAUCCAUUGAGUGA